CCACAGCACUAACUACAUGCGGUGCUCAGUCACAUGUGUGUACGAGUCCAACGGAAUGCAGGAAGCUUUCGCAUUCCCAAAGAAAAGUCCUUACCGGGAAGCCAUUAAUUACCACCUGCUGCGCUUGAGGAAUGAGGGGGUGCUGGAUCAUCUGCUGUGGAACUUGUGGAAAGUGGGCAGCACACAGCACCACCAGCAGCAGUCCACGCCUAUGGUAGCUGCGAGGCAAGUCGUCCCAGCACUUGUGGUCCUGGUAGCUGCUGGAGUGAUAGCCCUAUGCCUGCCGUUGCUGGAGAAUGCCUGCUGUAGGAGGGGUGCAGAAGUAGUCUGUGCCACAGGUGGAUGCAAAGCUAGUGACUCCAGUUAUAGCAGUCACUGUUCUCUCCACCCCAUGCCUCCUGCUGCUGUGUACUAAUAGAAUACAAUUACCUUCAUGUUAAUUUUUUCAGUAUGUAUUUUACAACUUGUUCAAGGCAUAAAAAUAGUUGUACAUCCAUUCUCCCUAUUUUAUGUGCACACUCAGUAACAUUCAGGUGUGUCUCUGAAACAGGGUACGCAAUUGAGAGAUUAGUUUUCUGAUGGGCAAGUAGAUUUCAUAUCAUCUUCUUUGACAUUACUGUUCCAUCAGGCUGCACGUAUCCAUCUAAUACAGUGUUUCUCAACUUU